AUGAGUAGAAUAGUACACGACAGUAAAUUCCGAAAUUUGUAUGGGGAAUGUCUGCAAGAUAGGUUUUCAGGUUUGCAUAUUGUAACGAGCAGGCAUACAGUUGAUGGAUGUGGGAUAGCUGCUUCAACAGAAUUUAUUGCAUUCCCAGCAGAGUGUAGUGGUGGGGGAAGUGUUGGUGUGAUUGACAAUAGCUCGUUUGGGUACAAACCAAAUGUAGUGUAUUUUAAAGGCCAUAAAGCAGCAGUUAGUGAUGUGGAAUUUUCACCUUUUUAUUCUUGCUUGUUAGUAAGUGCAUCUCAAGAUAAAACAAUAAAGUUAUGGGAAAUUCCUGAACAUGCUGCACAAAAGAGAUUAAAGGAUCCUUUGGCAGUUUUUCGUGGGCAUACAAAGAAAGUUUCUCUAGUUAAGUUUAACCCAUCAGCAGAGUGGAUCUUGGCCUCGGCUAGCAGAGACAACACAAUUAAAAUUUGGAAUUGUGAGACAGUUCAGGAUGAAAUCAAUAUUGGAUUGCCUGGUUUACCGACAUCAGUCAAAUGGAGUUACGAUGGCAGUCUUUUGGCUGUUAGUUGUAUGGACAAAGUAACAAGAAUAAUAGACCCAAGAAGUGAAAGAAUUACUUAUCAAUGGCAAGCUCACAACGGAAACAGGAAAAGCAGAUGUGAGUGGAUGGGUGGCACAAUGGGAAAUCCAAAUUGGUUAUUAACAACAGGUUUCAGCGAUAAAGGCGAGAGACAAAUUGGAGUUUGGGAUAUCAGGUAUUUAGACAAGAGUGUUGGUUUAGAAUUUGUUGAUAUUGAGCAACCGUCCCUGAUUCCAUUCUGGGAUGAGGGUACUGGUCUAUUUUACUUGGCAGGUAAAGGGGACACAAACAUUAAGGUUUUUGAAUAUAGCAAAACCGAGGGUUGUGUCCGAAGGAUGGAGGAGUACAGAUCAAUAAAUUCUUUAAAAGGUUACUGCUUAACUCCAAAACAAAAUGUAGAGGUAAUGAAAUGCGAGAUUGACCGAAUUCUGAGAUUAGAAUCCGGGGGUGUUAUUCAACCCGUUUCAUUUAUUGUACCAAGAAAGACUAACGAGUUCUAUUCCGAUUUGUAUCCCGACACAAUUGGAAACGAAGCCGCAAUGGGCCCAGAGGAAUGGAUUAAUGGCCAUACAGGAGAACCAAUGAGAAUGUCUCUAAGACCAGAUAUUGUUCAAACUCAAAGUAAUAUGUUUAAGAGAAUGAGAUCUGUUGUCAAGAACGCAAGAGUGAUAUUGAAGAAAGAUCUAGCCAAGGCAGAGAUGCAAUUAAGUAAUAUGCAAGACGAAUUGUAUUCUAUUGAGUCGCUCAAAUACCAGUUAAAGGAGAAGGAGAAUGAAAUUGCUCAAUUAAAAGCAAAAACUUCAUUAGUUUAA